UGAGUCCAGAGACAAUAAGGAAAUUCCUUAAUCCUCUCUCCUCCACAAAUUCUUAUAAAUCCCGAUUAUCCUCCGAUAAACGUCAAUCGGAAAGAGAGAGAGAGAGAGAGAGAGAGAGAGAGAGAGAGCGCGCGAGAGGUUUCGACUUUCUACUUUCCAGGGUUUUACCACACUCGCAGCCACAGAAAACUAUGGGAGGCAGCGGAGUCAUGAGGUCGGUGGCGAAGGUGGCCGGGAUCGGCGGCAUGAUCCGCGGCGCGCCGGCGGUUCCUUCGCCGACUGGUCAUUCGGUCCGCAAGGCCUCAAUUCCCGUGGCAGCGACCCUCACGGCUCAGAACUACGGUGGAGGUGAAGUGGCAGCGAUCGGGAAGCCUGCGUCGGACGCGGUCGAUGACUUCGUCGACUGGCAGGUGGUCGGCGCCGGAGAAGAUGACCUGGUGAUGUCGGGCGGCGAGCCGAUGCCGAGGGUUGUCUUCGAUGCUGCGCCGAGCUUCAAGGAGGCCAAAGAGGCCACCGCUGAAUUGAAAGAUGCCCUCGAUAAGGUGUAUCUUUCUUCGCCCAAAUCUACUGAUUUGGGGGAACCGUCUGCUGCUGCUGAUGCGGCUGGGCUGCCUCUGAUAAAAAACCCUGAACCUGAGGAGAUGGAAUCCCUACUUCUUACUAGGACUUCAGUGCCGAAACAUGCUCUUCAUGCAUUUGAAAUGCUGAGUAGAUGUUCUGAAGCUCAGAAUGUUGUUGCUUCAAUUACAAGUGACCCGAAUAUCUGGAAUGCUAUGAUGGAAAAUUCUGCGGUCAAGCAAUUUAUGGCCAACAAGAACUAUAAUCUUUACACGGGAGAGCAUGCUGCAGAAACUUAUCCAGCUUCACCCAAGAAGCUUGAAGACGAAUCAGAGAAAUCUGACAGCUUGGAAGAUAUGCUCGGUGGUUUUAUGCAGAAAAUCAAGCUUACAGUGGAUAAGUGGGUCAAUGAUUUGUCGUCAUUCAUCCAGAACAUUUUCGAACCCCCUGCAGCUGAAGCUGAAGCAGACGGAGGGAAUACAGGUGCGGCUGUAGCAUCUGCGUUCAUGGGACUGGCGGUUAUGGUUGUUAUGGUGGUCUUGACGAAGCGUGCUUAGUUAAUUCUAGCUCAAUCUGCCGAAAAAACAAUCCCAAACAUGCGCGUCUUUGCGUAAUGAGCGUUUGUGGAAUAAAUAAAAAGCAAUUUGAUGCCCUAAGUAUUGCUACUAGAUGAUCAAUAUGCGUACAUAUUUCUUUAGUGUACGUGAUUUUUUUUUUCUUUUCAAAUACAGUAUCAGGAAGUACCGCGUAUGGAACCUCGAUAUUGAUCGUUAAGCAACGGAGAAGGUAGUGACAUAAUAUGUAUAGCUUAUGCAGUUUCGGUAGUCUGGAUUUUUGUGAUGGUUCACUUUU